AUGAAAGAAAGAGCCUCGUUGGUGUUGUAUUUUAUUUUAAUACCGAGCGUUAUUGUUCAGGCUUUUGAACCUAUAAGCACAAGCAUUCUGACAGGCGCUGGUGUGGCCGCACUGGGAAAGAAAACUGUAAAUUAUUUAGUGGAAACAUGUAAUGAGCACUGGGUCGGAUUCAACAAGACUGGUCUUGAAGCAGAUCUGGAGAGCAAGCUGUUCGGCCAGCAUGUAGCAUCUCGUGUUGUCCUCAAAGCUGUGUCCGGCUUCAUGAACGACGAGAACCCGAAGAAGCCCCUCGUCCUCUCGCUGCACGGCUGGACUGGCACAGGCAGAAACUUUGUCAGUCAGCUAAUCGCCAAUAACAUUUAUCAGCGUGGAAUGUCUAGUGGAUUUGUGCACUUGUUUACUGCCACAGCACACUUCCAACAUGAAGCAGAGCUGGAAGUGUACAAGUCCCAACUGCAGCAGUGGAUUAAGGGCAACGUGUCGGCCUGCCCUCGCUCCAUGUUCGUAUUCGACGAGAUGGAUAAGAUGCACCCAGGCCUGAUUGACAGCAUCAAACCAUACUUAGAUUUUUACGAAGUUCUAGACGGAGUCUCCUACCGCCAGGCCAUCUUUAUCUUUCUAAGUAACGCCGGCGGUGAAAACAUCGUGCAGGUUGCGCUGGAUUUUUGGAAAGACGGAAAGGAUCGAGAAGAGAUUGAGCUGAAACAUUUGGAGGAAGCGAUAUCCCUGUCUGUGUUUAACAACAAGAACAGUGGUUUUUGGCACUCAAGUCUAAUAGAAAAGAACAUGGUGGACUACUUUGUGCCCUUCCUCCCCCUGGAGUACAAACACGUUGUGCAGUGCGGCCGAGCCGAGAUGAUCAGCAAGGGCCAUAAACCCAAUGAGGAGGCUGUGGAGCAAAUGGCUCAUGACAUGAGAUACCGGUGUUUCCCUCGUGAAGAGUGCAUCUUUUCCGUGCAGGGCUGCAAGGUUAUCUCCAGCAGGCUGAACUUCUACAUCUAAAAAAAGAAGAAGGAGAGACUCGAUGCUGUGUGUACUGUUCCUGUAGAGUGGGAUUGAUUUGGAGGAACAUUAUCUAAGCAGGAAGUCCACCUGAACACUAAUCUGAUGUCAUGCAUCACAUGUAAAAGGAGCAAGCAGGUUUUUUUUUAACUGAUUGCAAUGGUUUGUGAUAUUUCUAUUUUCAACAUGAAUCAAUGAUAAAUGA